AUGGAACAAUGUUCAGGCCUCGUUUCUUCUCGUCGUAACUCGGUCGAUUCUACUGCUUCGACCGAGACCAUGUCGUCGCAUACAACAACGAUAUCUACUACCCCACCUAGUGAGUUAGAAACACAAAUUGCACUUCAUUCAGCUGCCGCUGCUCUUGCUUCGGCUCAAACCUCAAGAACACAAUCAGCUGAUGGUAGUGCAGGUUCAAGUCACAGAGAAUCAAAAAGGCAUGGUUCUAAACCACCCCGUCAACUUCAAUGUUACAAUUGCGGUAUAAAAAAUACACCACUCUGGCGUCGAACACCAGACAGAAUGCAUUCACUAUGUAACGCAUGUGGGUUAUAUUUUAAACAAUAUCACUCAUCAACUACUGAGCAACUAUUAGGACACGAAUCAAAUGGCGAAGAAAUAGCACCAGAUUUAGCAUACACAGAUUCACCGACACCUACUUAUUCAGUAUCAUCAACGACGGUUUCUGAAAGUUCAUGUAUGCGCCCAACCGUAACGCAAACAUCCACACCUGUUGCAUCACCUACUCUACGACCCGCAAACAUGUCACCUUCACCUUUACCAAAUACAUUAUCCUUACCGCCUCCAUCAUUACAUCCUACAGCCACACCACCAUUACCUUCUACCACGACAACACCAUCGACGAUAACAUCAACGAUGGCUGAUAUACAAAUCCAAUGUGCGAAUUGCGGUCAAACACAAACACCUUUAUGGCGAAAGAAUGAUAAAGGGCAACCGUUGUGUAAUGCUUGUGGAUUGUAUGCUAAAUUGCAUAAUAGGGAUCGUCCUAUCGCUAUGCGUAAGUCAAAAAUUCAACGUCGUCGUCGCGAUUGGAAUAAGUAUGGUCAUAUUGAUGAUGGUCAUAAUACUGAAGAUUCUAUCGAUGGAACGAAUUCGACGGCUGGAGCAUCAAGUAAACCGUAUCACGCUAUUCUUCCUAAUCAACGACCAAUAAUGCCCAUGACUAUGUCUCCGAGCCAAAUGGCACCUGCCCUCCUAACUUUGGCUACGGCAGCUACUUGUCAGCGAGAGCAAAUCCUUUUGGAAGAGCAACGUCGACAACAACAACAGCUGCUGCACUUAGAUACCGUGGAUGAACGUAGGGAUCAUAGAGAUCAUAGUCCUAUUAUUUCCUCUGUCAUAGCACCACCUUUUGAUCACGACGAUUCAAAGUUCAAGUCUUAUAUAGAUCAAAUUCCUAGAAAACAGGUGGAGGAAAUUUUGAAAGUAUUUGAAAGACGAUGUGAAAUUUUGAAAAAGGUUUUGGGAGAUCCAUGA